CCAGCCGCGCGCCGAGCGGGGACGAGAGCCAUGGAGGAGACGCUGUCCCCGCCGCUGAGCUGCAACAAGCCGCACCUGGAGAAGCUGACCCUUGGCAUCACCCGCAUCCUAGAAUCUUCUCCAGGUGUGACAGAGGUGACCAUCAUAGAAAAAGCACCUGCAGAACGUCAUAUGAUUUCUUCAUGGGAACAAAUCUGGCAACAUGUGACUCCUGGCUCUUCCUCAAAGUCAAAAAUGACAAUGAAAGGUAAACAUUUUGAAUUGAUUUAGAACAUCACGCCAGCCAUGACAGCACAACUAAAGACGCUGAAAAAAGAAGACUUCCAGAACUAUUUCAGAAAGUGGGAAGAACAGUGGGAAACUCUUCAGAGCAACAGGGAGAGGAGCUUGUCCUCUUUGAGCCCUUUUUUCAGCUAGCCAUCAGGACAUAUCACAGCAGAGCAGAUGCCUAGUCUGCUUUAUCUGAUGAGGCAAAAAAAAGAAAAAGUCAAUCUGGUGAAUCUGCUUAUAGACCUCUCAAAAAAUAACUGUAUGAUGCCUGAGGAUAUGAAGAACUUUUACCUGAUGACCAAUGGCUUCCACAUGACCUGGAGUGUGAAGCUAGAUGAGCACAUCAUUCCUCUGGGCAACAUGGCAAUUAACAGCAUCUCAAAGCUAACUGAGCUCAACCAGUCUUCUAUGUAUUCACUUCCUAAUGCACCAACUCUGGCAGACCUGGAGGAUGAUACAUAUGAAGCCAGGGAAGACCAGCCAGAGAAGCCUCAUUUUGACUCUCGAAGUGUGAUAUUUGAGCUGGAUUCAUGCAACGGGAAUGGGAAGGUUUGCCUAGUCUACAAAACUGGGAAACCAGCAUUAGCACAAGACACUGAGAUCUGGUUUCUGGACAGAGCAUUAUAUUGGCAUUUUCUCACAGAUACUUUUACUGCCUAUUAUCGACUACUCAUCACCCAUCUGGGCCUGCCCCAGUGGCAGUAUGCCUUCACCAGCUAUGGCAUUAGCCCACAGGCCAAGCAAUGGUUCAGCUUGUAUAAGCCCAUCACCUACAACACAGACCUGCUCACAGGAGAGACCGACUCCUUCAUGAACAAGCUGGAUCCAAGCAAAGUGUUUAAGACCAAGAACAAGACUGUUAUCCCAAAGAAGAAAGGGCCUGUUCAGCCUCCAGGUGGCCAGAAAGGGCCCUCGGGUCCCUCUGCGUCUAAGCCCUCAUCUAGCUCUGCAAACCCUGUCCGCAAAUGAGUGCCACCUCCACCUCUCCACCAGCCCCACAGCAGUGAUUUCCAUGCACAGAUGGCCCCAGGGACACAACCUGAUUCUGUGUAAUUAUAAGCAUCUUCCUGAGUGACCAAAGUCCUAGGCCUUUUACUCCUACUGACAUUAGCUGGGAGUUGGAAGGGCAUACAUACUAAAUUUUACUCAGGAGUCCUUCCCUUACACUCUGCCUAAUGGAUUGUUCCAGCCUGUGCCUCCAAAAGCUGUGGAUAAUUUCAGAUCUUAAGUAGCCAGAGAAAUCUAUUAAGAGCUUUUCUCUUUUUCCACACUUGACUUUCAACCCCUUAGCAGUAAUUGGAGGAGUCCCCUGAAAGAAACCACUGGUUUUUGACUCAAGAAACAUUGGAACUGCACAGUUGAGUAGGUAGCCAUUAGUCACAUGUGGCUAUUUACAUUAAAAAUUUAUGUCCUCAGUUGCCUUCAACGCAUUUCAAGAAUUCACGUGGCUGGUUCCGGGGACAUAGCUCAGUGGUGCUGCGCCUGCUUGGCAAGUGCAAGGUCCUGAGUUUGAUCCCUGGUACUGGAAAAAAGAAUUCACACAGCUAGCAGAUUUCAUAUUGGACAGUACAGAGCUAUGGGAUGUUUCCAUCAUCACAGAAAGUUACUUUGGACAUCACUACAUUAGAAUAUUUUCAUACUGAUCUUCCUCAAAUCAGUUAAUUUUUGUUGCUAGUUAAUGUCAGUGCCUUAACUUCAUGAGUUGUAAUGUUUCACGAAAACUUUGAGUAUAUAAUUGUGUAUUCUUUAUAUACUUUAUCAGGAACAUAUCUCACUCUUCUCAUUUUUUAGUGUCCUAUCAACUCUUUCUCAUCAGUUUCCUGUAAAGUUAUUUGCUUCCAAUUUUAUGUUGUGAUGUUCACACAUUUGCCAAAAUUUAAUUUUAAGAAGAGAUAUACUUGCGCUACACUUUAUUCUAACCAUUUAAAAACAAAAACAGAAAACAAACUCCCAAUACUGUUUUGCAGGAUCUCAUAGAGUUUCGAUGAAGCUAGUCACUGAACAGAAGCAUUGCACCUUCUUUGCCUGUUCACAGCUCUGAGAUGUCUAGCCCCACUUUGUCUCAUCCCGGGCCAUCCUUAAGACAGGCAGUCCCUUGCUUAGAUCCAAGGGGAGUUCCAAGAGUUCCUUUGAAAGUUUUCUAUAAUUCAGAAAUCGUUUUCUCAUAGACGUAUAGGGGGACUAGGCAUCUUUUUUUUCUUUUCUUUCUUUUUUUCUGUGGUACUGGCGAUUAGACUCUGGGCUUCCACACUGAACUACAUCUCUACUCCUUUUUAUUUGGAGACAGGGUCUCACUAAGUGUCCCAGGUGGAACUAGAAUUUGUGAUCUUCCUGCUUUAACCUCUCAAGUGCUGGGAUUAAAGGCAUAUGCUACCACACUUACCUUAUGCCUAAUAUUUGGUGCAAGAUAAAUUAGAAUUUACCUACAACAUCUUAUGGAAUUUCUAAACAGAAAGUAGCUCAAGGUUUCAAUUAGGAAUGUCUAUUUCCUUACUCUGUGGCCCAGCACUGGGCAGAAACAAAGUCUUCAUUGUACUUCCCAGAAGGGAUAGUAGAGAAGUCACCUACACAGCACUUGAGUGGCUUCAGUGUUUGUACUGAGAUUCCUGAGGUUGGGGAAAGAGAGCUCUGAGGAGAGAGGCCCAGAGGCCUGUGUCAGCUACACAGUUCAGUUCUAACUCCCUUUCCUUCUUGUUCCUGACUUCUCUGUUCUACACUGAUUGCCCAGGCUUCCUUUUACAGUCAUCCAGGGCUUUCUUUUUCCAUAAUCCACCGGGGAACUAAAAGAAGUCUCUAGGAUUCUCUACCUGCACUUGGCUCUGACACCUCUUGAGUAUUUAUCAAGUGUUUAAAUUUUUGGAUUGUUGAUUAUAGUGAUAGUCAUGAAAAAAUAAGUCAGACUUGAGUCUUUCCUCCAUCUGCCAGUCUUCACAGCCCCUGAGGAAAACCAAGGGGAGGAAUUGGCCUUCAAAGGUUGUGUCAAAUUCUACUAGGUUGCUUCCUCAUUUUUGUAAUAAAGUUUUGAAAUAUUAGUGCUCAAAAGUCUGUGGGAGCAUAAACAGAGCUUCGUGUUAAUAGCAUAAUUAUUUGCUUUAAAAUAUUCCAGUAUAUCAAUCAUACUGGUUCACUUAUACUGGGAAUGUUAAAAAUGGUAUCAUAAGCUCAAGGAUAAAAUUAAGAGUUCUAGUACAGUGACAAGAGAGCAGUAAAUCAAUAAGAAGCCCUUCUGUGUAUGAGCUAUUCAUGUUGCCUGUGCUGUUACCCUUAGGAUCCUGUGAUGAAUUUCUUUCUUUGGCUUAAGCCAAUGGAUUGUUUUUUCAGUUAAGCAUUUUCUUGUAAAAUAUACAACCUCCAUUAUGGAGUUAAUUGUGGCUACUAAAUGAGUUAAUAUGCCCAUGAGAACUCAGAAAAGGUAGUCUUAACAUUUCCCAUUCUUCCUUUAUAAUGUGACCCCAAACUUUCCAGUUAUUAACUUUCUACCUGACCCAUCCAGCUCUAUUCUUCUCAGCCAUUCCCUUCCUUUCCAAAACACCAGCUUGGGUCUCCUGUUCCUUUGUACCUGUAGUUUCCUCCUGGGGUUCAGCUUCAGUUUACCUCCACCUCAGAGCUCUGUGAAGCCCCGGUCUACAAGGAGAGCCCUCUUUGAGGUAGAGUACUUCAUGAUAGUACCACUUAAGUUAACUUUUGAUUGUCUUACCUUGUUUCCUGUGUGACUUCAAUCAUUGAUGAGGUGGAGACUUUGCGUUACUCUGGAAGGUUAUCCUCCUUGGUGUGGAGUCUCAUGAACCAUUACAAAAGGUUCAGUAUACAUAAUUUUAUACAAAAUUAAGAGCUGCAUCAUACUUCAGGACAAAUAGACAACAAAGAAAAAUUAAUGGAAAAAAAGUUGUGAAGAUGCUGGGUUUUUUUGGGAUUUUUUUCCAGUAUAGGGGAUCAAACUCAGGACCUUGUGCUUGCGAGGCAGGCAUGGCACCACUGAGCUAAAUCCCCACCCCGAAGAUGCUGUUUAAAUGUUUAUGCAUUAGGAAGAUAGGCCACUGCUUUAUUUUGGAGGCAAGAAUACCUUAGUUUAGCUCAUAGACCAUCUCUGUCAGAUGCCAUAAUUAAAUACAUUACCAGUGUUAAGAUGUUUUGACAUCCGAAUAUCUCCAAGACUGCUUCUUGCCAUUCUCAUGGCCUCAAAAAUCUUUAUCAGACAAGUGCACCUUCAUUUGUGGUUUUAGAAAUGGAGUCUUUAUAAUUACAAAUUCUUAUGCUUCCUACAGCAUGGAGCACCCAUGUCUUGUCUGAACCUACCCUUGAUAUGUGUAGGAAGCAAAAUGUUCGAGGUAUUUUACUGGAUGUUUUCAAUAUUCAGUCAGUUGGCCUCACCUGGAUAAAAUCUAUUGUGAGCAGGCCUUCCAAAUAUAAGGGUGAAAGUAGUGUGGACCAGCCAGAGGGUGGCAUGGUAGAAACAAACCAACAAGACAAAGAAACCAAGUUCACCCCUGGUUUAUUCUCACCACUACUGAGACCAGCCAGGAUAUGUCAUUUCCAUCUUCCAUCAAAACCUCUCUCAUUCAAUUUCUUUAAAUGGAAAAUGAAAAUAUAGAAUGACCAUAAGGAUUCUAUUAAAUAAUACACAUCAAGUGCUCACAAAGAUACACUUUCAAUAAGUAUUUUAACUAUUCUUAAAAAUCAUUUGGUCCACUUUCCCUUUGUGAAUUGCCUAGCCAACAACUGAUUUUUCCACCAAAUAGCUUUUUCAACAAAACUGAUGUCUUUUAACAUAAACCUUCAUUGCAACUGCAGAACGUUCGUCCCUUAGGCAAUUUGGUGUUUCUGUUUUUACUUACCUCUCUGAUAAAAACAAUUUCUGAUGCAGAAUGGAUGCAGAAUGAUGAUAAAUGAUAAAAAGAUGCAGAAUGGAUGACAAAUUUUUAAUUUUUAAAUUUAGAUGAUUACCACCUCCUCUGGCUCCCAGUAACCUCCCUAAGGGAUCAUGGCUGUCCUUUUCCUGGUUGAUUUCCCAGUCUGGGCACAAUUUCCUCCAUUACUGGCCCUCAGUGUGUAUCUGUUGUGGCUGUAUAGGUUCUUGGGACUAUAUUAUGGUUUGGAUAAAAAAUGUCCCCCAAAGGCCUUAGGCACUCAUAGGCAGGGCUUUUGGAAGAUGUGUAAAUCAUGGGGGCAAUAUAGCUGACUUGCUGUUAGGAGGUGGGGUCUGGUGGGAAGAGGCUGGUCAAUGGGGUUGUGGCCUGGAAGUGUAUAUCUCCCUGGCUCCACCCUCCUCUCUCUGCUUCCUGGCCACCAUGAUGUGAGCAGCCUUCCUCUGUUGCCAUGUCUGCCUUGGAGCCAACCAACCAUUGACUGUAACUAUGAGCCAAAAUAAACCUCUCUUCCUUUUAA